GACUACAUUGACAUAGUUCAGCGAAUAAAAAGACAGCGGCUACGCUGGCUAGGUCAUGUUGUACGGAUGGAAGAAAACACUCCAGCUCUGAAAGUAUUCGAGGCAGUACCCGCUGGAGGAAGCCGCGGAAGAGGACGACUUCCACUCCGGUGGAAAGACCAAGUGCAAGGUGACCUGGCUUCACUUGGUGUUUCCAGUUGGCGCCAAAAAGCAAACAGGAGGAAUGAGUGGCGCGCUCUGGUGGAUUCGGCUAUAAUCGCUUAAAGCGGUUCCUACGCCAAAUAUAUAUAUAUAUUUAUAUAUAUAUAUAGUUUAGUGUUGUGUGGUGCAAAUAUUAUGUGAAUAAUACUAGUAUACCCUCGUAGCAACUUUAUUGCGAGAGUAUAAAAAUGUCAGUUGAAACUACUUUGGGGAUUUUCAGAUCUGUCCUUUAGAAUAGAAUAAGAAUGGCUUAAUUUUUUAACUGUGCUGUGGGCUUUGAGGUUCUGCAGAAUCCCUACAAAAUUAGCUGUUUUUGUUUUUCAUGUGGGUGCGACGUUUCAUUAUAAAAAAGAUUAUGAGUUUAAGUGAGGAAACUUUCAAAGAAUAAAGAAAAACUCUUGAACAGCCAUUGUUUCGCAGGUAGGCGGGAUACAAAAUAUAUUAACUUCUUCCAGGAAAAUGAACGAAAAGGUUUUAUAGCUUUUAUUUUGAGAUUUGCAAAACUUUUGAACUAUAUAUGUAUAAAUUGUUUUGGGCGGGAUUUCCAGAUUAACGUAGACUAAAGUAAAAGGUAACAUUAUUAUAUGGAAUCCAAAAUUAUGAGCAUUUAGUUGUCUAACGGAAUAUUUGAUCUUUAUUCUCGCACUAGUUAUAUCUUUAACUACGUCGGUGGAUUUUUCUUCCCUUGAAAUCCCUUGGACAGCAGCUGGACUUACCCGGAAACAGGUACAUAACCCGAGCGCUAAAUACGGAAAGCGGAAUAGAGGAAAUAAAGUCAACAGCGAAAAAUAUAUUCAUGUAAAUUUUGUACCUGCUUUUCAUAAAAUGACAGCCUCUGUUGCAACAAAUGUCAAAAGCGCGUCGCAUUUCACUGGAGCAACACGCAAAUUUGUAGAACAGCAAGACUACGGGCAAGAAUCAUGACAUCAAGAGCUAGCAAUACGGGCAAUUACUCUCGUGGUAACGGAUUGUUUCUAACCGACAAACCACAAAGCAGCGGCGUUAACACCAACCAUGGAGGAGCUUCGAAGAACCAAAUUGGAGUUAGAAAACUACCAGCUAUAUCUUCACGUAAAAUACGUGAACGAUUAGUUCAUUUAUUAGCCAUAAAGCCGUACACAAAGUCUGAGUUAUUUUCAAUUCUACAAAGUGAGGGCUUACGCAAUUGCGAGCGUUCUGUGAUUGUAAUAGUGCUUAGAGAUGUCGCACAGCUAUACCACAACGAAUAUAGAUUACGUCCCCAUAUAUGGCGUGAAGUCGAUGUAAAUUGGCCCUAUUACAGCGAUAAGGAGCAGCAACAGUUGAAGUGGCUCAAGGAAAAGAACUUAAGAGCGCCAAAUAGCUCGGAUGAGGUGACCUCUAUAUCCAGCUGCAGUCCGGCUUCAACUUCUAAUUUUACUCCACCACAACAGUAUGAUAAUAACCACACUAUAAAACAGGUGCGAACGUUAAAACGACCAAAUGUGAAUGCUGGUGAACCCCAACCAUCGAAGAGAAUACGUACCGAUAAUACAACCAUUCACAAUAACACAAACUCACAAAGCGCCACAAACUCUUCCGCCGUAGCCAACAACUUUGACUUCAGCAAUUACACGAAGAUCACAAAUCUGGAACAACGUGAUCAAUAUAAGCAUGCAUUUGAUAUAUAUUAUCGUGAAUAUAUACCACUCUGGCAACACUUCGAAGAACUAGAUCGCAGUUUCGGAGAACUCGGUGGACAGAUUUUAAAAGUAUCGGUAGAACAUCCCGAUUACGUGCAGAUUAAGCAGCGUAUAGUGGAAAAAUAUGAUCGAAUUAACAGUGAGGAAGAAAUUAGACGCAAGCAGCGGUUUGACUAUUUGCACGCUAAAUUGGCACAUAUUAAGCAACUAGUAACGAUCUAUGAUAAUAAACGUGCUGAGGAAGCAGCAUUGGCUGCUGAAAUGGCGAAAGCUAGGCAAUAUCAGUUGACACAACAGCCGAUACCGAAACCGGUUGAAAUUCCGAACACAAAAGCUGAAUACGCCGAUUUUCUAGGCACAGAUCUGGCGUUGUCGGAAAGCGAUACUGAUGAAGAAUGAUUUUACAUUAGAUUAAGAUUUCUCUAGGUUUAAGCUUGCAUGCAAAUAAAAAGUAAUAUUUUAUAAUAAUAAGACAUUAUCUUUCAAUGAAAUCGAGUGAAAACCUUCCAUAUUUAUAUUAUUCUUAAUUAGACCUUAGAUGGUCUUCAACAAUUAUUCGUAUUCUGCAUGCAAUAUCUACUUAGACUCAAAUCUUCACAAAAAAUAAUUACAUAUCUGUAAUUUGCUCAAAGACUAAAACUCAGGCCAUUUCUACUUGCAACAUUACGGCAAUUUUAAGAGUUUGGAAUAUAUUUAUUAACACUAGAUUUACGGACCUGGAUUUUACAACUUUUUGUUUACCGAAACCCGUCUUUAUGACGGUUAUAUUUAAAUGCGAAUUUGUUGUAAAGUAUUUAUAAAAAAUAUAUAGAUUUCUAUUCAGUAUUUUCUUCAAUAAAUUUUUUUAUUGCCGGUAAACAAAUGAGUAAAUUACAAAGUUGGUUCCAUCUUGGCUCCGAUGUCGAUAUUGAUUAGCUUCUUCAAAGGUCACAGUCUUGUUCCAUUGCAAAAUCGAAGUUGAUUUAUGUUAUACAGUAUGAUGCUGCUUUUAAUUACAAAUUCCCCCUCGAGUCUGUGAAGUGAGUCCGUGUUACCAUUUCCAAUUUUUAGCAACUGCUUCUAGAAUCGCAGUUUGAUCUUGUUACAAAAACACUCGUAUAUUAGUCGUUAAUUGGCGACUCUUUAUGUGCCGCCACAAAUAAAAUGAUUUUAGGCAUGCAAUUAGUUCGUUAGCAACAGUUGAUCGAGAAAUAACUGGAAGAGUCUGGCGUAAAGCAACUGCCAACAGAAUCAUAGCUAUUUUAGUUGUCGCGUAAAUAUUUUAAAGUCCUGUGCAGUGCCUCCAGCGGCUUCUUGUGAGCUAUUGUGCGUUCGUCCCAGAUCGGUCGUUCUCGACUUUUUGCGAGACUAACGAAAAUCAAUUCAUUUUAAUAUCUAUAGAUGACCAAUUGUUUGUAUGGGAGAUUAGAAAAGUGUGGAGUUAGUCUUUUUUUCUACGUAAGAACCAUCGCCAAACGGAAUGAGGCGAAAUAUGGUUGUCUGUAGUACCAGAUUCCAGCAUAAAAAAAUUCAUCAAGCAACGUGGCUGUCCCCUGAUCGAAACACGCGCAAUCAAAUCG